AUGUUUCUUGGGUAUGCAUACCCUGCAUUUGAGUGUUAUAAAAUUGUGGAGAAGAACAGAGUUGAGAUUGAAGAACUCCGGUUUUGGUGUCAAUACUGGAUUAUUGUGGCCAUGCUUACAGUUCUAGAGAGGAUUGGAGACGUUUUCGUUUCAUGGUUGCCCAUGUAUGGUGAGGCGAAGGUGGCCCUUUUUAUCUACCUCUGGUAUCCAAAGACCAGGGGAACUGGGUUUGUGUAUCAGACACUGUUGAGGCCAUAUGUAGCAAAGCAUGAAACAGACAUAGACAGGAAACUGCUGGAGCUGAGAGCAAGGGCCUGGGAUUUGGCGGUUUUCUACUGGCAAAACUGCGCCCAAAUGGGCCAUUCAGCUUUCUUCCAAGCCCUUCAAUACUUGGCUUCACAGUCCUCAAAGUUCACCAAAACCCCCGCCAAAGAGCGGACGGUCGACGAUGAUCAGCAGAACCCACCGCCACCUUCAAACGCACCGCUUCGCAAACCCAGUGGGAAGAACAAGUGGCCGCCGCCGUCAUCUCCGCCAGGAUCACCUAAUGGCACAACCACAACCGCCAAUGGCACAAUCACAACCGUCAAUCGUUUCAUGUCCGAGACUCCGAGAUCCCCCAAGGUGCAGGUUCAGGCCAAACAUCAAACAGAAGGCGGGCAGGUUAACGAGCUGUCCGAAAAGCUCAGGCUCAGGCGUUCCAAGCCAAUCCAAUGA